AACAUAAUACAUCAUCAACACCCGAACACAUUGGCAUGGAUACAAACUCCAGGAGAUAUAUAUAGGUGCAUCUAUCCUCUGACCUUAAGAAGAGAGGAGGGGUGUGGAAGCACAAGCGCAAACAAGAGUGUGUUUUCCCCUUCCAUCAUGGAUAUUGCUCAGGAGGAUGAGAGGGAUCAGGGGCAAGACCAUGACCAUGUUAUCGUGGUCGCCGGAGAUCAAGGGGAAGGAGAAGGCGAAGAGACGACGAUGGAUGGGUCGGUCGAUUGGAACGGCAGCCCGUGCCUGAGAGCCAAAUCUGGUGGAUGGCCUGCCGGACUCCUCAUCCUGCUAAACCAGGCGCUUGCGACGAUGGCGGUGAACGGCGUGAGCAUCAACCUGGUGACCUUCAUGAGGGUGGUGAUGCAGCUCGACAACGCCAACGCUGCCAAGUAUGUGAGCAACUGGUCCGGCACCACCUACGUCUUCUCCAUCGUCGGCGCCAUCAUCGCCGACUCCUACUGGGGAAGAUACAAGUCCUGCAUCAUCUUCCAGCUCAUCUUCCUCGCCGGACUGGUGGAGCUCGCCAUAUCCUCCUAUUUCUUCCUGCACAACUUCAGCUGCGAGUCGGAAUCGGGUGACACCAAGACCUGCAGAACACCAUCGGCUGCGGAGAUAGCCAUAUUCUAUGUGGCCAUAUACAAGAUCGCGCUCGGGAACGGGGCCUACCAGCCCACCAACACGACAUUCGGCGCCGACCAGUUCGACGAGGAGCACACCAAGGAGAAGAGGUCCAAGACGGCCUUCUACGGCUACUUCUUCGUGGCCAACAACCUGGGCAGCCUGGUGGCCGUCACUUUUCUCACCUACAUCGAGGACAAGGGGAGCUGGGCGGCCGCCUUUGUGAUCUCAGCGGCGGCGUCUCUUCUCGGCCUCCUCCUGUUCGCCGCCGGGACCAAGAGGUUCAGGCACUUCAUGCCCUGCGGGAACCCUGCCGCGACCGUGGGAAAUGUCUUGGUUGCUGCAACGAAGAAGAGGCACCUCACCAUCCCAACCCAAGUGGAAAAGCUGUAUGAGUUGGAUGGAACUCACAGCGUCAAUGGGGGCAAGAAGAUUGCACACACACCAGGAUACAGGUUUUUGGACAAGGCGGCGGUGAUCGAGGACCCAUCCAUCCUUCUACCGGGCGAGCAGCCAGCAUCCAGGCCACGGCGUCUCUACACGGUCACUCAAGUGGAGCAAGUGAAAUGCAUCCUUCGACUCAUUCCCAUAUGGCUCUGCAGCAUCAUCUACUCCACCACAUACUCGCAGAUGUCCUCGGUGUUCAUCGAGCAAGCACAGGCCAUGGACAACACCCUCAACAAAUUCACGAUCCCCGCCGCGGGCAUCGGCAUCUUCGAGAUCAUCGGCGUGACAUCAUUCGUCUUCAUCUACACGUUCUGCAUCGCCAAACCCCUGUCGAAGCGAUCAAAGGAGCCAACCGAGCUCCAGAGGAUGGGCAUCGGGCUCGUCAUAUCGACCGCGGCGAUGAUCGCGGCGGCGCUGGUGGAGCGGCAGAGGCUGAAGCACGCCGACCACUACCGCCUGAGCGUCCUCUGGCAGAUCCCCCAGUACCUGCUGAUCGGGGCGUCGGAGGUGUUCAUGUACGUGACCAUGACGGAGUUCUUCAACGACCAGCUCCCGGACGGCAUGAGGAGCCUCGGCAGCGCAAUGUCCGGGGCGUCCAUGUCGGCCGGGAGCUACGCGAACAGCCUGAUCGUCUCGCUGGUCAUGGCGGGCAGCCGCAGCGGGGGCCAAGCCGGGUGGAUACCGCAGAACCUCAACCAGGGCCAUGUGGACAGGUUCUUCUUCCUCAUCGCCGCGCUCAACGCGGCCGACCUGGCGCUCUUCGUGCUGCUCGCCAAGAGGUACAGGGGGGUGGCGAAGCCCGCGGCGGCAGUGGUGGCCGUCGGGUCGAUCAAGUGAGCUUGCUGUUGUUGUAUGCAUAGUAGAGUACAUGUACAACCUGCUGGAACAGUAGUGCAUGUACAACCUCCACCUGGGACAGUACACCAGGUGAUGAUAAAUAAAGGCCAUCCGGCCGGCUGCUGUCUUAGUGUUUACUUGUGUCAAGAACUUGCUUUAUAUAGCCUCCUGGAACUGCAAGAGAACACAGCAACCAGGUGGUGAAAAAAUAAAGGCAAUCUGAUUGCAUGGAAA